AAUACAUAACUUAACCUCAAAGAAAAAAAUAAUCUUUGACACACAAUCACAUCUAGUAAUGGGGUUUUCUUCCCUAAACAAAACAGUUGCCUUGUUGGUUCUUCUCUUAGCCACAUUUACAACCUUGUCACUAGGCCAAGGCAAUCGUGGUGGUGGAGGAGGCACUCAAGUUGGCUUCUACAGCUCAACCUGCCCUCGCGUGGAGUCCAUAGUCCGGUCAGCAGUUGAGUCUGCGGUCCAAGCCAACCCAACAAUCGCACCUGGUUUAUUAAGAAUGUUCUUCCAUGACUGCUUUAUCAAUGGUUGUGAUGCAUCUAUACUAAUUGACGGACCCACAACCGAGAAGUCAGCAGGCCCAAACUCUCUCUUGAGAGGCUUUGAAGUUAUUGAUGCUGCAAAGUCCCAGCUCGAAACCACCUGCCCUGGAGUGGUCUCAUGUGCUGAUAUUGUUGCCCUAGCUGCCCGAGAUUCUGUAGUCCUGACCGGUGGACAUAGUUGGCAGGUACGAUUAGGACGUAGAGAUGGAUUGGUUUCACAAGCAUCGGAUACUGCAAACUUACCUGCCUUUAAUGACCCUAUUGGUGUCCAAAUCAGUAAAUUUGCUGAUAAAGGCCUCAACACCCAAGAUCUUGUUACACUUGUGGGUGGACACACAAUUGGAACAGCAGCCUGUUCAUUAUUCAGCUACAGGUUAUACAACUUCAACAAUACCAAUGGACCCGACCCUGAUAUAAACCCAGCAUUCCUACCACUGCUCCGAGCACUUUGCCCCAAUGGUGGUGAUGGGUCAAGGCGUGUGGCCCUUGAUACAAGUAGCGAAAAUAGUUUCGGCAGUUCAUUCUAUGAAAACUUGAGGAAUGGGCGUGGAGUUAUUGAGUCCGAUGCAAAACUAUGGAGCGACCAGAGGACUCAGAGGUAUGUACAAGGGUUCCUGGGACAAUCUGGAUCCAGAUUCAACGCGGAGUUUGGAAGAGCAAUGGUAAAGAUGGGUAACAUUGAGGUGAAAACAGGGAGACAAGGUGAAAUUCGUAGGGUUUGUACCGCAACAAAUUGAUAAGAAUGUGAGUUUAACACAAUUUAGAAGUUGUUAAUUGAAAAUGAAUUUGCAAAAUAUUCAUUGAGAAUUUUAUAGUUUGGU